AUAUAGAGUGGAGUACUUGUUAUAAAUUAACAAAAGGAGACAUCUUAGACAUAUGAGUAGUUAAUAGUUAUACUAAUUUGUAAACUGUUAGUUUAUUAAUAUCGAUUAAAGUUGCGGGCGGCUAAAAAUUAUUAGUAAAUAAUAAAAUUAGUUUAAUUUAAUAUAUAACUACCCCUGUUACAAAUACUUAAUAUAUGCCCGUAAAUAAGGCUAGUACAUAAAUCUAAUAUCCCAAGUGGAGACAAAAUAUUUAUAAGCGUGUAGCGAGUACUAUUAUUACUAAUAGGAAUUAAUAUACAAUGGUCAACAUAGUAAUUGCUGGACUGCCUAAAAAUGUAAAAGUACCUAAAUUCAUAUCAUUUCUGGAAAAAGCAAUAUUUGAGGAUGGCGUUAAAGCAAGAUUAAUAAAUACAACACUUAUUGGAUCUUUAAAGUCUAUAACAUUGAAUAUGAGAUCGAACGAUGCACGCAAAGCUCGCAGAUAUUUAGAUGGCUUAGCAUAUCCAUACGCUGGGAAAGAGUAUCAUCUUGAAUGUUGGAGUGAAGAUGUUAAAACCUAUGCAAAUCCGAGAGACAGAGCGCAAGGUGACAACAACAAAGCAUUACCAUCCAAUGGAACGUACUCCCAUAGCCCUGAACAUGCAAAAAGUUCUUAUGGGAUUAAGGAAGAAUUGGAAAGGAUUGAUCUCAGAAUCGAUUUACUUAAGAAACAGAGGCUAUUGAUGGCAGAGGAAAAUAAACUGCUUCUUGAGAAAAAGAAAUUAGAAAUUUUGCAGAAUAUUGGCCCAAAGGAUUUUGAACGUUUGGCUAAUUAUGAAAAAGCCUGUUGCCGUAACGAUCCGGCCGAAAUCACUCAACUUAUGGUGCAUUCAAUACCAAAAACAAGGAAAAAGAAUACGAACAAGCUACCGAAUUUUAAUACACCCUGCAAGGUAAUUUUGUCUGAGAUGAAAGAUGUGCUUAGUGAAUAUGUCAACGAGGAGAACCAUGACAUGUUGAUGUCGCUAAUAUAUUCAGCAAUCAGGAAGCGAAUAGUGAUCGUCCUAGGAGGCAAAACAUUCAUGCCAGCAGCGGAUAUUGUACAUUUGUAUAGAAUAUGGUAUCCAUGCCACACGGAUACAGAUCUGCUCCAUGAAUUGACAAACACGAUUAGCCAGAGCUGUUGGCCUAAACAACAAUCUGAGAAUGCAGAAAACAAUGAUGAAAGCGUUGAAGAAUAUGCAGAGUAUGCUGUUGAAUCAGAUAAUGUGACAAAUGAAACAAAUAAAAAGAUGGAAACAAAUGAAGAGAUGAAAGCAAAUGAAGAGGUGAAAACAAAUGAAGAGGUGAAAACAAAUGAAGAGGUGAAAACAAAUGAAGAGGUGAAAACAAAUGAAGAGGUGAAAACAAAUGAAGAGGUGAAAACAGAUGAAGAGGUGAAAACAGAUGAAGAGGUGAAAACAGAUGAAGAGGUGAAAACAGAUGAAGAGGUGAAAACAGAUGAAGGGGUGAAAACAGAUGAAGGGGUGAAAACAGAUGAAGGGGUGAAAAAAAAUGAAGGGGUAAAAACAAAUGAAGAGGUAGAAACAAAUGAAGAGGUGGAAACAAAUGAAGACGUAGAAAUGACUAAAGAGUCCGAAACAAAGGAUGAGACAGAUAUAAGCAAAGGGCCGACAAUAAAUGAAAGUGGAGUAAACACUUCGGUCAAUGAAAUUCCAUUAAAUAAAUUGACAAAUAUUGAUGAUUUUGUUGAUAUGGAAAAUGAUUUGGACGAAUGGGGGGAGGAAGAUAAUUCGAAGAAGGAAGUGGAAGAAAAAGAUUUAUCAGAAGUAAAAUAAAAAUAUAUUCAAAUUAAACACACAACACAAAAGUGAGCUGCAUACUUCAAUAAUAUUUUGUCAAGGCAAGGUGACGUAUUUGAAUUAGAACAAUACAAAGAUUAAU